AUGCCAGCCCGAAGCCAGUCGAUCGUGAACUACCUCGAUGGCAGCAAAGGCCAGAUUUCGCCGGCGAUCGAUCACGUGUCUGGAACGACGAAAGAGGAAGAGACGGGGGGAUCUUCGAUGGAAACAGAAGAAACUACCGUAGUUCUCGGCGCGAGAACAAGGACAGGAAGCGAUCCUGGAGGAGGUAUAGAUCUAUUAGCAACCCUGCAGCUUCACAAUACUACUCGACAGGGCGUUACGCAGGUGCCAGGUCUGGUUAGACUGAGGCCAGCCUAUUAUCUUCAGGGCGAGGAGAGGGAGCUCCGACUGAACGAGGAGAACUUCGAACGGGCGGCCGCGCUACUCCGGCGGGUUCCGGAAUUCACUAUAGCCGCCGCGCUGCGCCAGGAGGAGGACAAUUCCGGGACGAUCGUCGCCUUUGCACACGGGAACAAUAGGUACUUGGAGCUGCAGAGCAGCGGACGCAAGGACGAGCUUCGACUUCAUUACGUAUCACGCCGCGACGGAACCGUACACGUCGAGGCGUUUCCUUACCGACUAGCUGAUGGCGCCUGGCACAAGGUCGCCCUGAGCAUAAGCGGCUCGCAGGUCGAGCUGCUGGUCGACUGUCAUCCCUUGUAUAGGCGGCUGCUGAGGCCUGGUCCACCCGACACCAAUUUCACCCAGCCGCAGCUCCAACUCUGGGUAGGACAGAGGAACGUCAGGCACUUUCUCUUCAAGGGUGCUUUGCAGGACGUCAAGUUAAUAGCAGGACCUCACGGUUAUCUUUCCCAGUGUCCUCAGCUCGACUCAUCCUGCCCAACAUGCGGUCAAUUUUCGAUAUUACAGAAUACCGUAGAACAACUAAUGCACAAUCUCAAUGAGUUGACUCAUAGGCUAGCCGCUGCAGAGGGCAGAAUAAGCAAAGUGGAGGAGUGCGAGUGCCAAAAGUUUUGUAGGGUGAAUGGUACCGUCUACGACGACGGCGCGAUUUGGACGAAGGGUUGUCUAAAGUGUGCCUGCAUUCACGGUGAGAUCGAGUGCAAACCAAUUAUCUGCCCACCGGUCACCUGUAAGCAUCCCGAAAUUAGUGAAAAAGAGUGCUGCCCGAUUUGUAAAAAACAAUGUUACAUCCAAGGCCAGCUUUACGAUCACGGCGAGACGGCCUGGCCGAAGCAGUGCCAGCAGUGCGACUGCAACGACGGUAGCUUUAAAUGCGUGGAUAUCGACGCUAACAUCACAUGCCCACCACUGUCGUGCCCAGUCAACGAGCAAUUCAGCGUGGCGGACGAAUGCUGCAAGUUCUGCCCAGGGGUGGACUACUGCGCAAAGGGCCACAAGUGUCAUACGAACGCAAAUUGCACGAAUCUUAAUACGACCUACGCCUGCGCGUGCAAAAAAGGUUUCCAGGGGAAUGGUUUCAUUUGUCACGACGUGGACGAAUGCAAGCAGCAAGGUGAUCCGGGCGGUCACCACUGUAACGCGAACACGAGGUGCGUCAACACGUUCGGCAAUUACACGUGCGAGUGUCUGGAAGGUUACUAUAGAGUGGACUCGUUGAACUGUGCCGAGCUGGACGAGUGCGCGACUGGGCAGCACAAGUGUGACAAGCACGCCACAUGUGUGAACACUAACGGUAGCUACUACUGCAACUGCACGGAGGGCUAUACCGGCGACGGCUUCACGUGCAAACCCGUAUGUAAUCAGACUUGCCAGAAUGGUGGCGUAUGCGUGGCACCUGGAAGGUGCUCCUGUCGACGCGGUUACAUCGGCAACAGUUGCGAACUCGACCUGGACGAAUGCGCCAGCGAUUUACAUCGAUGUCAUCAUUCGUCCACGUGUUUCAAUAUGCCCGGCUGGUACUACUGCCGAUGCAAGCCUGGUUACAGGAACGCCCUGCAUCACAGCACUCAGGGCACGCACUGCGUCGACAUAGACGAGUGUGACGAUCUGACGAUCGAAAGGCGGCACACGUGUCAUCCUACCGCGAAAUGCGUCAAUAAGGAGGGCGGCUACGAGUGCGUGUGCCCGCCGGCGAAGGAUCUGGAAACGUCCAGAGAAGAAUGCAAACUCAAUUGCUGGUACGAAAAUCGUGAAGUCAACAACGGCGCAACGGUGGCGCCGUCCGGAAAUCCUUGCGAGAGAUGCACAUGCCAAGACGGUGUGAUCACUUGCAAGAGUCCCAUAUGUGACUGCAGCGUAUCGGGAAGCCACAUGGACAAGUGUUGUCCUCAAUGUAAUCCCGCUGCGUCCUGCAGGCAUCAGGAGCUCCAUCAUCUAGUCUUCAGAAGCGGAGAACGUUGGAUAUACCAGUGUCAGACUUGCGAGUGCCUGAGAGGCGAAGUAGACUGUUGGAAUAUGGAGUGUCCGCCGGUGACCUGCUCGAAUCCCGUGACCGAGCAGAGCGAUUGUUGCCCGCGCUGCAAGGACGAUCCCUGCGCUCGUGAGGUGCCGGUGAACGGCACCUCGUUCACGGUUCCUAGUCGUCCCCAGCCGUGCAGCUACGCCGGCGUCGUCCACGACAGCGGCAGCUCCUGGCAGGACCCCCACGACAAGUGCACCACGUGCGAGUGCAAGGUGCCGUACUGCGCCCAAUUGGACGGGCAGCUUUGCUGCAGCUACGAUUACGGCUGUGCUGGCGAUCUGGGCGACGACAAACAGCAACGUUAUCCAGUCGCUGUUCCUGGGCCUCUCGUACGCCAUCCAUCGGACUAUGCGAUCCAGUCGCUGGUCAACGGUGCACCGGAAGCAGCUCUAUCAGCAGCGGUCACCGGCACGCUCGGCACCACACGCACCAUCACCACCUCCGUCGCGAGCACCACUUCCCUCGUCUCGUCGCCCUCGCACUACUCGUCAUCCUCCGGCAUCAGCAACAACAACCCCCACGAUCUCAGACAAGGUCACGCAACGGGCUCGCUCAUCGAGACCAUGUUUCGAGUCCAGGAAAAUAUGGCCUAUGACGCCAGUCGAUCGCAACAGCAGCAACACCAGCAGGAAGCGUCGUCGAUCACGAGACACCAACAGUUCAACGCAGACUCGACGACGUCGUCGACGGCAUCAGAACGGUCCGCGGCGCCGUCGGCGACGACGGCGAGAACGCCGUCCGCGGCAUUCAUUGGCAGCAGAUUGGAGCCGUUGUGGCACGGCCAACCGUCGAACACCGUCAAUCACCGCGUCGGCGCCUUUUCCUCUUCCUCGUCGUCGUCGACUCUCGCAGAGAUCCGGGCAACCUCAACGAUCGAGGAGUCCGAUCUAUCAUCAGCGAGCGUCCCCGCGCAAAUCCGCCAGCUGGUCAGCCGCCGUCGCAGGGACAGCAGGAAGUCCAUUGUUCUCGAUAGCGCCACUUGAGGGCCGUGGAUCUAGAGGAAGAUAGAAAAGAACGA